AUGAGCAGUGUUGAACGAAAGGUCAAAGAAACCGAAGACGAGCCAGUUCCGUUUGAAGGAAAUGUUGUUAACAGCGGCCUUUCCAUUCCGAAAUCAGUGGAAUACACGGACGAGACGUUGGGAACAGCUGAUAGCAGGAAAGACACUGCUGAAUCGACCACCACCCCGCUCAACAAUAUAAACCAGGCGAUUCCUACGAGUCGCGAGACUGCGUCGGAGGUUAUUGUCCAGUACCAACUGAACGACAAACCGUACCUCCGAGGACGACGCCUCCACAAGAAAUGCAUGACCCUCACCGGGAACUCCGACCGCUCAAGCUCUACACGGCUGUCUCUCAGUCAUGAUCUUCAACGUCAGGUAUCAAAACAUGGACAUACACAUUUU